CCACAAUGUCGAUGACUGGACGAAACAUGGUAUAACCUUUCUGCCACUUCCUUGCUGCCUGCAGGCUCGUCGCCCGAAUUGAAAACGCGUCGUUGCGUUGGGGAACCGGAGAGACUCGGGCGGACAAUGCGCGGUCACAUGAGCUGGGACGGGGUGGCAGCUUACAUAAACAAAGCAGCGACGUAUUCGGGGCGCUGGCCACUCUCUCUGUGUUCUCUUUCCCUGCAACAAUUGAUGACCCAACAUGGACGUGGAAACAUAUGGACGCAAUAGACAAUCCAUCGCAGAUCUGGAGCAAGAGCUCUAUAAUAUAUUCGAAGACCAUCCCCGUGCGCACAUCAACGAAAGCGGCGACCCCGUCGUUCCUGCCGACGCUCUUGUCGACGUCCUGCGUGCCUUCUCGCGCAGCCAUGACUCUGUAGAGCUCAUGACACCCACGGAGGAGGACCAGCUCACCCAACUGAUCGACAGCAACCCCGGACUCGCCGUCACGCCACAAGUUUUGCUGCAAUUCAUCGCCAUGCGGACUAACCACAGUCCCGAAGAAGAUUCUCCUCCGCAUGAGGACUAUGACUAUGACUUUCCGGAACGCGGGCGUUCGGAGGACCGCGACUACGACGACCCGUACUCGCGUUCGUCCAGUCGGGACUCGAACGGUACGUCUGUUUGGCGACCAGGUUCGCGGCCAUCUUCGCGCCCGCCGUCCCGUGGUCCACCGGUACCGAGGACUCCUACCUCGCGCGAGUCGCCUUUUGAUGCGUCGCGUAGACAGCGGUCGACGCCGCUCGUGAACGUGAACAAAGCGCCCUCAAGCUGGAGCAGGCGACCGCCUCCGUCGAGGCGGAAGAGCGAUGCCAGCCAGCAUGUCAGAUCAUCCAGUGACUCAGAGUCUUCCGGCCCGCCGACGUCGUUCGGACGCACACCCGGACGAUCGCGCGCACCUUCCAACCCAAUAUCACCUUCCUCUUCCGUAGGCUCGCCUCCCUUCGCCGCAUCCAUCUCCCGACCACACUCCCGCGCCCAGUCUCAGCCUCAGUCGCACUUCGCCUCCAUCGACAACGCGUUCGGAGACUACCAGCGCUCUUCGCCGGAGCGCGAGGGCGACUACCGAGCGCAACCGCAGUCCUCCAGCGGCAUGAUGUCCCCCCCUCCUUCCGACCUCUCGGACUCGUACGACGAGGACCAGCUCGCCGACACGAUCAACUCGCUGCUGAUGCCGCGGGCUUCUGGGGCGGACUCGGACUCGGAUGACGACGACGCGUCCGCUCUAGGCCUGAUCAUGGACCGCUCUGCGGCUUCGUCGACGAUCUCGCUCGACCUGGAGCAGCGCAUCGAGGCGCUGCAGCGGGUGAACACCGAGCUCAGGCGCAAGCUGGGCGACGCGGAGAGGACGCUGCAGCUGAAGCUCGCGGAGCACGAGAGCGAGCUGGAGGAGAUGCAGAGCCGGCUGGAGGAGAUGGUGAGCGAGCUGAGCGCGACGAAGCGGGAGGAGAAGGAGCUCCGGUCGAAGGAGCGCACGAACCAAACGCAGAUCUCGGCGCUCGAGUCGGAGAUCGCAAAACUGCAGAAGAGCCUGGAGACGGCGCGUGCGUCGUACCAAAGCUUGCAGAAGCAGUACCAGGAGCAGUGCGCGGAGUCGGAGCGGUACCGCAACACGCUGCGGCGGCGCGACGAGGAGAUCAAGGACCACAAGGAGGUGGCAGGCCUGCAGCAGAUCGAGGCGGGCAAGUGGGCGCGCGAGCAGGCGAACUAUGAGGAGCGGAUCGCGUUCAUCGAGGGCGAGCUCUCCAUCGCACAGCAGGCUCAGGCGCAGCUCGAUGAGCAGAAGCAGGAGAACAUGAUGCUCAAGGAGACGAUCGACCGCAUGCGCUUCGACAUGGACGAGAUGCGGAGCAAUGCGUCCAGCGGCGCGGGCCCGGGCGGCUCGGGCACUGUGAGCGCGCGUGGAAGUGUGAGUCGCAGCCUGGGCGCAGAGCUGCUGAGCAGGAUGAAGGACCUGGGAGACCCAGAGGAAGAGUUGGAAGAGGAGGCCAACGAGACGGUCGUGAGUCCCACCGUGGAGGACAACGAUACGGAAGGCGAAGACGUUGUCGAGACCAUCAUCACACGUACGAAGCGGAAAGUCGCCAGUCGCGCGAAGCGCCUGGAGACUAUCAAGGUCGACGAAGUCAAGGAGUAUUCGGAUACCGGCGUGCAACACGCGAUGUCCGAGUUCACAGCUUCCCAUGACGUGCAGACCGACCCUGAGCCCAAGAUCCUCACCGCCUCCUUCAGCAUGCAGACCGACGAGCGACCUCUCGUGUCUAUGGACAUCCAGACCGACCCCGAGCCAGAACUUGAGGCCGUCGAAGUGCGGGAGAUGGUUAGCAUGGAGGUACAGACCGAUGAACCAGAGUCUGUACCACCUACUUCAAACGCUCUCGGUCUGGAUCUGGACAUCGACUCGAUGGCCUCCUCAUCUUCGACGCUUCUGCCACCAACACCUCGCCAAAAGUCGGAGGAGCUGCACGAUCACAUGCACGACCUUCCGCCAGAUUACGACCAGGUCACGUCCGAAGAGCGCGAGCAGCUUGCCAUGCGCGUCGCGGAAGAGACGGUGAAGCAGUGGCACCGAGGUCUCAAGCUGCCGAUCGAGCCUGUCGAAGGCGGCAUCUCUGGGGACGCCGCGGAGGACUGGAAGGCACUCAAGGAGGAGCUUGGCGUCGAGUGCUCCGUCAUCGACAAGCUCGUCGAGGAGUCCCAGCGCAACGGUGCAGGACGCCGCGACAGCGAGCGCUCCAGCAGGCGCAAGAGCAGCCGCUUCUACAACAUCUACAACACUUACGUCUACGGUGGUGACUCGGAAGGCUCUUCGGUAUUGUCAACGAGUCAGCUCCUGUUCUGCGUCGGUGUGUCCGCUGCGGUCGCGUUCGUCGUCGGGCAGGCGACGGCGCCCCAGUACGCCAUCCCGGGUGGCCUCACACCCUACGAUCGUGCUGCGUGGUCGAGUUUCAACUCCAUACGAGCCACCGGUGAAGGCUUCCCGGGCGACGGUGCCGCCGUCUGGGACUUCAUCGGACGAAUUGGAGGGGGAGCCGCGAGGACCCUGCGAGGCUGGCCGAUGUGAUUCACGGCCAGGCCUCUGUAUAUAUGUGUAUACGUGUGCAUAGCUUUGCAUGCCCGCAGGUGUUCUCCAGCUCGCUCCUUUCCGACGACCACAUUCUUUGCUGUCCAUCUCCUUACUCUUAUGUUAUGACCUUCCGACUUUCUUAUGUUGCCAAGACCUGGAGCCUCUGUAGUAUAUCUUUCUAUACGCGCGCGCCGUCGCUGCAUGAUGAUGAUACCACGAUACCACUCGGUACCCAUGUGGAGGAUGUAUGUUACAGGGCUGUAUAACAAGCAUGGCUAC